AUGGCAUCGAUUCGGAUUCGGUAUUCGUCUAAUAUUGAAUAUCCCUUCCCCCUCGGCACGCACCUCCUUUCCCCCUCCCCAUCACACCCCUUCCCCCUGGCCACCUCUUCCCCUCCUACAUGCACUCACCUCCCUGUCUUGUGGGACGACAAGGUUCUCCCUUCCCCCUCGGACAGCACCUCCUUUCCCACUCCCCGUCUCAUCCCUUCCCCCCUGGCUCCCUCUUCCCCUCCCCCAUGCACUCACCUCCCUUUCGCUCGGGACGACAUCUCUCUUCCCCCUCGGCGCGCACUUCCUUUCCCCCUCCCCAUCACACCCCUUCUCCCCUGGCUCCCUCUUCUCCCCCCCCCCCCCCAUUCACUCACCUCCCUGUCUUGUGGGACGACAAUGGUAUCCCUUCCCCCUCGAACAGCACCUCCUUUCCCCCUCCCCAUCACACCCCUUCCCCUUGGCCACCUCUUCCCCUCCCCCAUGCACUCACCUCCCUGUCUUGUGGGACGACAGGGGUCUCCCUUCCCCCUCGGACAGCACCUCCUUUCCCCCUCCCCAUCACAUCACUUCCCCCCUGGCUCCCUCUUCCCCUAA